UCUCAAGCGGCCCAGCACCUGCAACUGCCUGUGUGGCGCUAUGCAGCCUCCCAACGCCUGACCCAUCAUGAAGGAGCGAGAGCGACAGGAGAUCACCGCGCCAGACGGACGAUCCAAGAUCGCAGAGCACGGCAGAGCCGCUUUCAACCUCAAGGUGAUGAGACAGCGAUGGACGUUUUUUUCCGGACUUUUGUGGAGUCGAGUAUAUUUGAGCUGGGAGCUGGCGGAAUGAUUGUGUACAGCACCAUCACCAUGGUCUUGGAGGUGGAUCAGGUUGACGUGCCCGUUCUCAUCAACUUUUCCGAGGCCAUGAUCACCUCCUUCUUUCUCACAGAGUGGAUCACCCGCUUGCAUGCCCUCGGUCGAGACUGGCUCUUCUCUCUGGAGAACCUCUUGGACACCUUCAUCGUUUGGGUUCCGGGAGUUUUCACUGUUUGGUUCCUUCAGCCCAUUUUCGCUGACUCCGGCAGUGGCUUCUUGAAGACCAUGCGCAUCAUCCGCAUGUUGCGGCUCUUGAGAUUGGUCCGAGGUCUUCCAGGUCUUCCAGGUCUUCCAUUUCAGGACCAGGACCGCUUCCCCAGGAACCUGCGAAUGAUGCAAGAUCUCUGGAUGUUGGUCCGUGGCUUACUGAAGAGUGGCAGCACCUUGGUCUCCGCCUUGGUCCUCAUCAUUUUCACCUUGUAUGUUUUCGGCAUUGCUGCAGUGGACCUCAUUGGAAAAGCGGAUUAUAGUGGCACAGAAGAGGACGUGCAGGAGGCCCAGCAACGCUUCUUCGGCCUUUGGUAUUCGAUGCUGACCCUCAUCAGGUUUCUGAGGGCCGACGAUUCACAGGACAUCAUGGACGCGCUGAUGCAACAGCAGCCCUACAUUUGGAUUUUUCUUUGGACCUUUACAGCCUGGGCCUAUCUCGUGCUCUCCAAUUUGGUGACUGCCCUCAUUUGUAAUGAGGCCUUUGAGACCUCCAAGGCCGAUGAGGCUGAUUUGGCCAAACAGCUGAUGUUGCAGAAAGAGGAGGAGAUUGAGAACUUGAAGGAGAUGUUUGUGGAACUGGAUGAGGACGGUAGCGGCCAGGUGACCGAAGUAGAGUUCAAGAAUGCCUUCAGCAUCGAA